GCUAAAAGUCAAAGCAUAAAAUAUUUCAAAAAUUAAAUAAGCUAACGGACAACAACAAGCAGGAUACACCUAACUCUGGCCAGCGGAUUACAACGAGGAUUAAAUAACAAAUGGCGUAUAGCAAGCAACAAUGACUGAUGCAGAAAUGCGUGGCCUAGUAAUCUAUGGAAAAGGAAAUAAUACAAUUUAUGCAUAGAACAACGCACAGCUCUGGGCCAACAUGAAAAGCUUAUGAAAGAGAGCAACAGAAAAUUAAGAAGCAGCACACACGACUGAAAAGAAACUAAACCUGGGACAAUCCCACGCCUACUGCCAAUAACCAAGGCGCAUAUAUAGACGCCCACGAUAACGAGACUGCCACGUUAGCAAUUUCCGCAUAGCAACAAAAUGCGUCUCAAGGAUCAGUGCAAGCCGAGGCUUGUCCUAGGACUAAUGUUGGCAUUGGCGCUGCAGCUGUCUGGCAGCCAAGCAGAGCAGCAGCAGCAGGAGCAGCAUCCCGCUACAGCAGACGAAGGUCCUUUAUCGGAUAUACUGACUGCUGUGGGCUCCGAGGUGGCGCUACCCUGCGAUCUAAUGCCAGGCACCAUGAUCGCCGAUAAGGUGCAGCUAGUCAUCUGGUAUCGCCAAGGAAACGUCAAGCCCAUCUAUACCUUUGAUGCGCGAGGUCGGCCACUGCACCAGGCCAUACCCUGGGCGGAUGAGAAUGUUUUCAAUAAGAAGGCUCACUUCUACUAUGACACAAAUCCGCCGGCUUUGCGUAUCAAGAACAUUCAGACCACAGAUGGCGGGCUCUACAAAUGUCGCGUUGAUUUCCAUAAAUCACCGACGCGCAAUUGGCGCAUUAAUGUGACAGUUCUGGUGCCUCCCACGCAGCUGACCAUACUGGAUCAUCAUGGCGCUGCGGUGCGGGAUCAGAGCGCUGGGCCUUAUCUCGAGGGCGAUAGCAUCAAUUUGACUUGUCUCUCCAGUGGCGGAGUGCCGCCGCCGCGUGUUUCCUGGUGGCGCGAACAGGCGCUGGUCGACGACUCCUUUCAGGUGCUGCCCGACGGCUCGGUGCGCAAUGUGCUGCACCUGAAGAAUAUACAGCGCAAGGAUCUGUUAACGACGUACACCUGCCAGGCAACCAAUGGACAUGUGGUGCCGCCGCUAACCAAAAAAGUGAUACUCGACAUGAACCUGCCGCCGCUCAGUUUGUUGCUGCAGGGUCUCAACCAUGCCGUUGUGGCCGGCACGCGCACCCACGUUACCUGCACUGCCAUUGGCGCGCGUCCGCCGCCAACUAUAAUUUGGUCCAAGGCUGGCCAAACACUCGAGGGCUCUUCACAAUCGACGUCUUCCGAUGGCAACACCACCAUUUCCGAACUGAAUCUUAUACCCGUGCCGGAGGACAAUGAGCGUCAAGUGGUCUGCUCCAUAGCGCUCAACUCGGGCAUCACCUCGCAGCAGCUGCAUGAGGGCGAUACCACGAUUAUGACCAGCAUGGGCAAUGGCCACAUGGGACUCUACUUGAAGGAUUCGCGUGUGCUUAAUGUGACCCAUGCGCCCAUUGUCAUCCUAAAUUUGGGUGCUCCCCUCGAUCCGAACAAUCUGCUGAAGGGCUCUGAUGUCUACUUGGAGUGCGAUGUGCGUGCAAAUCCUGCCAUUACGCGAGUCGAGUGGUAUCAUAAUGACAAGCAGCUGCAUUCAUCACGUGGCAUUAUCAUUUCCAAUCAAACGUUAGUGCUGCAGGGCAUCUCGAAGUCCUCGCACGGUCAAUACUUUUGCCGAGCCACCAACCUGCAGGGCAGCGUGUCCAGCAACGAAGUCUACUUGGAUGUGAAAUAUCCGCCCGUGUGCAAGUCAGACUCGAGAAUAAUACGCGCUGCACUUAAGCAGACAAUCAACAUUACCUGCGAGGUGGACGCCAAUCCAGUCGAUAAUCUAAAUUACAAGUGGCACUUCAACAACUCGCUGGAGAGUCUAGUGGAGCUGCCAGCAGUGGCGGCGCAGCUGCUGCAGCUGCCAUCCGGCUACGGUGCAUCCGGAUAUUAUCAGCGCAUCAAGCGGAAGCACACACACGUUGGCUCCUCCAGCCAACGACUGCUGCACGGACGGCACGGACGUGUCGCCAGCAUUGUGGACAUGUCCGCCGUGCACUUUGAGGACGACUACGAGCACGAGCCGUCGCAGUUUGACAGCUAUCAGGAUUACGUGGAGCCGCCGUACACGCAGAUGGUCUACUCCAGCAUGGUGCACAAGAAUCACGUGGACAACAAGCAGCCGCAGCGCAAGCAGCAGCAGCAGCCACAGCCAGGCGAGGCGAGCGUGCAUCAUGGCGGCUUGGGCAGCGCGCAGCUGGCAGAGCGCAAGCGUCUAGCGGCAUUGCAUAAGCAGCAGCAUCAUCGACAGCUGCUGACCACGCCCUCAACGACGACGACGGCAACACCGCCGCUGAACAAUAUGUAUCGCUACCAUGUGGAGAGCUAUGAGAGCUUUGGCGCCAUUUCCUGUGUGGCACAGAGCCCCAUGGGCCACAGUCAGCCCUGUUGGUACCACAUUCAGCCCGCAGAUCUGCCAGACCCGGUAAAAAAUUGCACAGCAUUUAAUGCCACGGCCAAUUCGCUGCAGAUACAGUGCAUUGCCGGUUAUGAUGGCGGCAUACCGCAGCACUUUCAUGCACAGGUGUAUGACGAGCUGACGCGCCAGAUACUUUACAACGCGUCCUACAAAUACGCGGAGUUCACGGUGAAGCGUUUGCCCAGCGAUUCGGCGUUCAAAAUACUUGUGACGGCGGUCAAUGCGCAAGGACCCAGCAAGGCGUCAUUUCGAGUGCGAGGACGCACACUGUCCGCGCCAUUGUUGCGCACAGCUUCAUCGACAGCGGUGCUGGUACAAUUGACGCCGCUGCUGGGCGCGUUAGUUGGCGUCAUUGCCACACUCUUUUUGGUGGCCAUCUGUGUGGUGAUCUUUAUUAAAUUCCGCAGCAAGCGCAAUCGUCGUCAUGCCAAUGGCGAGGCGACCACAACGGAGGCGGACAAGGGCAGCGCCGAGCCGUUAUCGCGCAACAUGGGCAGCCAUUCAAGUUUGGAGGACAAAAACCCGGAUGUGGUGCCGCAGGAGGCGAACAGUGAGGACGAGUUCCACUUGGAGGAGAAGGCAUUCGACCGCUUGAACAUGGAGUCACAGCGAAUUCUGUAUACGCCACCGACUCGCAUUAAUACCGCCUCACCGCCGCCCCCACCCUCGCUAUCGCCCACAUUUGGCAAACAGUAUGGCGAACUGUCGCUGACAACGAAUCCCGCCUUCAGUUUGUACAACACGCCGCAGCGCGCGCCCGCUGCACAGCGUCCGGUGUAUACAGCGCCGCCGCCGCUGCUGUCCACACGCACACCACCCAACAUAUACACACGCAUACCAGGACGCGGCAGCAGCGGACCCAAUGGCGGCGCCACCACUUAUCUGCCCGCCUAUGAAACACGCACCUCGCCCACUUCCCCCUACGGCUCCACCACCACCUGCACCAUGCCGCUGCUCAGCGGCCAAUCCAACGGCUCCUUGCAGACCAACAGCAGCAACGGCUGCAACACCUUGCCGCAUCCUGGCAGCCUCCAUGCAGGCGCCGGCGGCAUGCCCGCCGCUAUGACCAGCUCCGUCACCAGCGGCAACAUCACCAUAGGCGCUGCCCAAUCGCUGCUGACCUCGCCACGUGCCCAGGCCGCGUAUAGCACACUGGGCGCUGGCGGUGCCAUCGGCAUUGGCGGCAUGCAGUCGCCACUGCUCAGCGUGGGCAGCUCGCUUAUGGGUGCCGUCGGCGGCGGCGGCGUCGGCGUCGGCGUCGGCGUCGGCGUUCCGGGCAACUAUGAGACGGUGAGCUCCUGAGAGUUAGCCAAAGAUGACAUCAAAUGUCAGAUCGUCUGCAUUGGCGGCAGCAGCACGUGCAGCACUUCGGGCGCCGAGCGCACCACCAUUGUCUAGAGACUCCCAAAAAGGAGAAGAUGCAACGCGUAACCCAAAAAGUAAAAGAACAAGUGUAUUAUAGUAGUUAAGCUGUCCAGCAUUAGGCAUAAGCAUUGCAUUUCGUCUGCUUUGGGUUUUCAUUUAGGCCAACACUUGGGCGAACUAAAACUUAUAAGACUUACAGUUGCGCAUAUCGUGCCAGGAUAUGCUCAAAGGACUUAAAUUUAAACUUAACCAGAAACCAGUAACGAGAGCAAAGCAUUUAAAUUCAGCAGAGCGCCAAGUUCUAGAUAAAUCCGAUUGAGAUACUUCGAUGAAAACAAUGAGCUAGAAACUAGUUUAAACUAAAUUACUUAACUAAUGCUAUAAACAAUUCAAUUUAGUACUACUACUUAGUCUUAGCUAGUUGUAGUGCCAGCUGUACAUAUUACGUUAAGCCUUAACUGUAGUUGGUUUAACUAAACUUAGUUAGUCACAUUGAAUCUACGAAAAGACUAUCGCCCUUUCAACAACAAAUAUAAAUGAACAAAUCCCCGAGUGUAUUAAUCCAAACUGAUUAUACUUAGCUACAAUAUAUAUAUAUAAAUUAAAUAUAGCAC